CUAAAGCAGCUAAACAUUUCCUGUGGCUGUCGAGCUUUUGCGUGAGUUUGAGAUAUGUUUUGUGUGGUUGAGAUAUUUUCAGGGCUGGCUGCACGUCCGUGUGAAGCCCUGCCUUCUGAGAUACAACCAUCUGCCGGAUUACAACCUAUGCGCAGACAGUGAGGGUUUUUUAUUCUGUGUGAAUGAGGAAAACAUCGUCUCUGCCUGUCUGAAAGCUGUCACAUGGGGCCAAGGAGGAAAAAAAAUCGCUUCCUGAAAUGAUCCUCGUCACUGGCGGUGUAUUGUUGUUUUAUUUUUUCCUCCAACGUAUCAUCGCAUCGCGUUUAAUUUUCCGUACGGAUCUUUUGGCCGAGUGUCAGUGCCGAUGAUGAUCAGCAAAGUUAAGAACGCCAUGUCCACUCUGGUGGGAGGGAUGAUGCCGCACGGACACCACCACCACAACCAUCACUCAGGUGGCGGCCAGACCUGCGGACCGGACAGCCUGCCGCCGCGCUUCCCCUACGGCCGGCCGGAUUUCUUGGACCUCACCCCGGAGCUCCUGCAGUACUCCACCGAGCACGCAUCACGGCCGGUGCUCACGCUAAAGAGAGGCAGCAGGCUUCCCUGGCGGACUGGAUACGCAGAGGUGAUCAAUGCGGGGAAGAGCAUGCUGAACGAGGACCAGGCCUCUAGUGAGAAGCUGUUUAUAAAGAAGCCAAGCAGCAAACAUCGUAACUCCACACUGCUGGAGGAUAACGGGGAUGGUACAGGAAUCCCUCUCCACUUUUGGGGCGUGUUUGAUGGACAUGCAGGUUCUGGAGCAGCCAUCAUGGCCUCCAAGCUUCUUCAUCGCCUCAUCAGGGACCGUUUGGGAGAGAUCUGCCACCUGCUGGAGAACCCCACCAGUGCUCCCCCCAUCUGCCUGGCCAAGAACGGCAGCCCGUACCAGACGGAGACAAAGAAGGGAGCUGCACAAGAACCAGAAGACCCAGAUGCUAUCAGCGACUCCUCAGUACGCUUUCACAUGGAAAAGGUCGUCAGCUUGGAGAGCUUGGUGAUGGGAGUCAUAGAGACUGCCUUCACACAGAUGGAUGACCUAAUUGAAAAGGAGAAAACGUCAUAUGCCAUCUCUGGUGGCUGUUGUGCCUUAGCUGCCAUUCAUUUGAUGGGGAAACUCUAUGUAGCCAACGCGGGAGAUAGCAGGGCCAUAAUCAUACGAAACAAUGAAGUCGUUGCCAUGACCAAUGAAUUCACACCUGAGUCAGAGAGACAGCGACUACAGUACCUGGGCUUUCUGAGACCAGAGCUCCUGGGUAACGAGUUCACUCACAUUGAGUUCCCUCGAAGGAUCCAGCACAGUGAGCUUGGCAAAAAGAUGCUCUACAGAGACCACACCAUGACUGGCUGGGCUUAUAAAACAAUUGUUGAAGAUGAUUUGAAAUUUCCCCUGAUAUAUGGAGAGGGCAAAAAGGCACGUGUCAUGGCAACAAUCGGAGUGACCCGUGGGCUGGGAGAUCAUGACCUGAAGGUGUACAACUCCAACAUUUAUAUCAAGCCUUUCCUCUCAUGUGUCCCUGAGGUGAAGGUUUAUAACAUGGAUGAAUACAAACACGGCCCAGACGAUGUCUUGGUCAUGGGCACAGAUGGACUGUGGGACGUGACGACGGACAGGGAAGUGGCAGAUGCUGUGUCAGCCUACUUAUCCUGCUGUGACCCCUCUGAUCCCAUGAGGUAUACAUUGGCCGCCCAGGACCUGCUGAUGAGGUCUCGCGGAGUGCUUAAAGAGCGUGGUUGGAGGCUACCCAAUGAUAAACUGGGCUCAGGCGAUGACAUCACUGUGUUUGUCAUCCCAUUGGCAGGGCAUGAGUCAGAGACAUGACAAGGUGCUGCCACGAUCGCUGUGACUUUUGGGACCUUCCAUGCUCGGAGUCGUGGUGUCUGAGGUGGGGGGGUACUUUUGUCACUGAGCAGCACCUUCAUCAGCCCUCUAGACUGGACCCAGUCCCAGCUGCUUCACUUCAGUUCAGUUGUGUAACAAAAGAUUUUCAGUGACAUUAUAAGAAAAGUCACAGUCUUUCUCCCAGACCUGCUGUUUGUGACGGUAGUCGGUGAGAAUUAAACCCUCGUUUCCUGUUCAUGUUAAAGACUAAACCACUACUCAAUCCUUUGAACGGAUUGUUCAUUUUCAUGUCAUGCCCUUAAUGUGAUUCUGUUUUGUAAAAAAACAAAAGAAACCAAAAAAAAAAAAAAAAGCCUCCUGCUGUUUCACAUCAGUCAUAUAUUGUAAAGAAGAGAAUGUGAGGAAACCAAAGAGAUGUCUUUAUGGCAUAAGGAUGGAAAUCUGUAAAAUAAAUAAAUAAAUACAUAAAAGACAAACAAUAAAAGAAAAAAAAAUCAUUAGAGUCAUGUCUGUAUAUUAAAGCAUGAAGAAAGUAGAAACAGAGAAGUGGACCUUUUUCAGCAUGGGACCCAAACAGAAUCAGUUGAGUCUUUAUUGCUGUACUUCCUUUCUUAAUGAUGAAUGAAUGAGAGUACCUUUGGCACUGUUGCACAUGCUCUGUGGUAACCUGUGGAUUUGUGAUAUGUUUCUGUUGAAUGUGCACAUAGAUGAUUUGUUUUAUUUUUGACAUUACAAUAGCGAGAACAGAGGGUUACAAUUGUGUUCAGUAUGAAGGAAGUGGAACAUUUGUUAAAUUUAACUACAUGUUUUCAUUAUUUUACCCUCAGGGGAGGAAGCAAUUUGUUCACAGUAAAUGUCCUGGUAAAGUAAGAUGUGAUAAACUUCACACAUAUGCCUUAUUCAGAGAGGAAAAGGACUCGAGUGCUUUUCUGCAGAAAAUUUGAUUCUUGUAGAUGUGGUAAAGAACAGUGUAUGCCCUUAAAUGUGCUGUAAACCUCUUUUGUACCAUUUUGGUUAUGUCAUGUCGUUAUUUAGAUUCUCCAUAUAUUUUUAAAGUUAAAAUUUGGUUGUAAGCUGUAUAAGAUGUUGUAUUUUUAUGGUUUUAUUCAUUACUGUUUGUUUAGAGAGAUUUUGUGAGCUACCAAAAUGUGAGUCAGAGGGAUAACAUGUACCAGUUCAGAAAUAAAUCAGAGCUUUCCCGUU